UUUCUCUUAUCAUCAGCCCAGCCCCUGCGGAUUCAUCUCACCGUUGUUUGCUUUUAGUUCCUUCAUUUAUUUCUUGACCCCAUUACUCGUAUCUUUUUCCUAUAUAUCCGUGUCUCCACGUUCUAACAUUUCAGCUCAUCAGCUUUAUUCAAAAAGCUCUGCAAUUUGCACGCAGGCAGGAGACCAUAGUUUUUUCUAUUAAGAACCUAUCGCUAUGGAAGCUUACUCUUCUUCUUCUUCUACUGCUGCUUCUGCUUCUGCUUCGGGUUGGGAAGAAUCAAGAGGGUUGAAGGCACCACAGGCUGGAUCACUCCAUUCCGUGCGUAAGCCAUUGUCAAAGCCCUGGAAGAAGCCAAUUGCACCAUUUCCUCCAACUCCACCUAAGGUCUACACGGUCGACCCUUUAAACUUCCGGGACUUGGUUCAAAAGCUAACCGGUUCACCUGAGUUCAUGUCCCCAUCUCAUAUCUCCACGUCCACAACUCACUUUGAGGUGCCUCAUCAUCAGCGUCUCCAAAGAGUGGCACCUCCCCCUCUUCACGUUUCAGCACCUCCACUGUCCAGAGCUGAAGUUUCUGCACCAUUGAAUAUGUUCUCGGGAUUAGAUCACAGCAACCACAAUUACUCUAAUACUUCGAAGGACACCUUUACAUCAAAUUCACUCGGAGUGAACUUGUCGCCAUCUUAUAAUUGGUGCACUUUCCCCAUUCUCAGUCCCGGUACACUGGCCAGCUUGGAACAAAGCACUGUUCCUUAGAUUACAUACAUGAAGCUAGCUAGCAUCAACACUUGAUUGCUUUAUUAUAUGUAUAAGCUGAUAGUUUAAAUCAUGCUUAAAGAGUGU